AUGUCUAACUACGAGCUUGUGUCUCAAUACACCGAGGAUGCCUUUGCAAAAGAGGACUGGUUGUGCCAGCAUCCUGCAUGUGGUGCCAAUAUCGCCAAGGGUGACCCUUGCUUCUAUGUGGCCACCAUAGAGCAUGGUAAACCAGGGCACUAUGUCUGUGGUCCCUGCCAUGAAUGCUAUCAAAAGAAGGCAGCAACAUCUGUGCGACCUGCUGUUCGCCCUACUCCAGGCUCUGCCAGUAGUGGUAGUUCUGGCUUUGCUGGUUGA